UCCAUCGCAGCCAACUUCACUCGCUUACUUGCACAUUCACAACUAACUGUCAAACUAUCCGGAACGGUAACAACGAAACGCGAAAGUCAUCUUCGACUCUGAUUUGGAUUCUUGUGCUAGAAUUUUGUUUAAAAAUUUGUAAUCAAUUGAGUAAAAGUGUUUUCCGCUGCCUUGUGCUAAGAUAUGGAUCGUCUCCUUCGACUUGGUGGGGCUAUGCCCGGAUUAACGCAAGCUCCGCCACCGACGGAUGCCCCGGUUGUAGAUACAGCAGAACAGGUCUACAUUUCUUCGUUGGCAUUGCUGAAGAUGCUCAAACACGGCCGAGCUGGUGUUCCAAUGGAGGUUAUGGGUCUGAUGCUGGGGGAAUUCGUGGAUGACUACACGGUUCAGGUCAUCGACGUUUUCGCCAUGCCACAGACCGGAACGGGAGUCUCCGUUGAAGCCGUCGAUCCAGUAUUCCAAGCUAAGAUGUUGGACAUGUUGAAACAAACUGGGCGGCCGGAAAUGGUCGUCGGUUGGUACCACUCACAUCCAGGAUUUGGCUGUUGGCUUUCGGGCGUGGAUAUCAAUACGCAGCAAUCGUUUGAAGCUCUCUCGGAGCGUGCGGUUGCCGUGGUAGUCGAUCCAAUUCAAUCAGUGAAAGGAAAAGUGGUCAUCGAUGCAUUUCGGUUGAUCAAUCCUAAUAUGUUGGUUCUGGGUCAGGAACCGAGGCAAACCACAUCCAAUCUGGGUCACUUGCAGAAACCCUCGGUUCAAGCUCUGAUCCACGGACUGAAUCGUCACUACUACUCAAUCAGCAUUAACUAUAGGAAAAACGAAUUGGAGCAGAAAAUGCUGCUCAAUCUGCAUAAAAAAUCCUGGAUGGAUGGUUUGACAUUGGCCAACUAUCAGGAACAUUGUAGUAUCAAUGAGAGCACAAUCAGCGAAAUGUUGGAGCUAGCUAAGAACUACAAUAAGGCUUUGGAAGACGAGGAAAAGAUGACCCCUGAACAGCUGGCCAUCAAGAAUGUAGGCAAGCAGGACCCGAAAAGACAUCUGGAGGAGAAAGUUGAUACGCUCAUGUCGAACAACAUUGUACAGUGUUUGGGAGCGAUGUUGGACACGAUCGUGUUCAAGUAGGAAUCUUCACAUUUUGCAUCAUUGUUGGUUUGUCAUCAGCUUUCGAGGAAAAUUUGAGGAAUGCUUCAUAAAUACACUUAAUGGAAUAAUUACGAUCUUUGUGAAAUUAAAAAUAAAACCGAAAAUGCUAUUUUACAGGUAA